ACAGUCCUGUAAUCCUGAGUGACAGACUUGAAUAAACUUGUGGAGACUUUUAUCCAGGAUCCAGGAUGCACUUUCCAGGACUGUGAGCUGAACACACCCUGCUGGUUGUUCUGUGGGAGGAGGAUGACUCAACAGGAGGGGUUCAAGUUCAAUUAGGACAGCCCCUAAAACUAGUCCACACAGCACAGAGAGAGAGCAGGCAGGAAACAGCUCCACUCAUGUCAGACUAGUGAAAGCAGAGACAUGGAUUCUGCAGGCAGGUCGUGGCUGCUGCUCACAGGCUUCAUCCUGUUUUAUGUCAUCUACCUGUUGUUCGGAGCUCUGGUGUUCUCCAGCAUCGAGCGGCCGGUGGAGGACAAACUGCGACAUGACAUGGAAACCCUGAAGCAGGACUUUCUGAACCAGAGCUGCGUCAACGCCUCGUCGCUGGAGCACUUUCUGCUCCAAGUCCUGUCUGCCAACAAGUACGGAGUCUCCGUCCUCAGGAACUCCUCCACUACCUCCAACUGGGACCUGGCAUCCUCCAUGUUCUUCGCCAACACUCUGGUCACCACUGUGGGUUAUGGUCACACCACUCCUCUGUCUGACACUGGGAAAGGUUUCUCCAUCCUCUACGCCCUGAUAGGAGUCCCCUUCACCAUGCUGGUGCUCACCGCCUGCGUCCAGAGGCUCAUGUACCCUCUGGUCUUCGCUCCCGUCGGCCUCCUGCAGCGUUCGGGCAUGAAGCCUCAGUCGGCCACCGUCCUCCACUUCGUGUUGCUGCUGGUCGUGGUGGUGGUGUGCUUCUUCGUGGUGCCGGCGGCCGUGUUCAGCGCUUUGGAGCUCUCCUGGUCGUUCUUGGACGGCAUCUACUUCUCUUUCAUCUCGCUGUGCACCAUCGGACUGGGAGACUUCGUUCCGGGGACGCAGCCCGGGCAGAAGUUCAGGCCGCUGUACCAGGUCUCCGUCAUGGUCUACCUGUUCUUCGGCCUGAUGAUGAUGUUCCUCCUUCUGCGCUCCUUCCACAAAAUGGCCGACCUGCACGGCCUGACCUCCUUCCUGCAGCUGCCGCACUGCGAGGAGUCCGAGCUGAACGAAGACAGGGAGCCCAUCGUAGAGAACGGACACGAAGACCAGACCAGAAAAGAGGCCAGCAAGCCUCUGGAGCCGGGAUCACAGUCCUCGUACAACACCAUCAACACCAGCUGAGCUGUGGGGGGGGGGAGAAAGAGAAGCUCUAUCUCUGGACCCAGACUGGUGGGCUGAAUCUGAACUCUUGUCUUAGUUUGUCCAUUGUGUCUUCUUUAGUCUCAUGUUAAAAACAUUUAAUGAGGAA